ACAGUGCUGGGGCAUCACGCGCAGAACAUCGCUGGCGAGUAGAACAAAAUUGCAAGUGACGCCGGAAAAUCGCUUUUCCUCAGCAUUUCUGUGAGAAAUCCUGCCCAAAAGUCGUCCAAGAUGAACAAGCUGGUUACUAAAGAUGCAGAGAACCGAGUGGAGCUCGACAAGCCUCUGUGGGAUCAGACGACGUUCCUGGGCAGAUUCAAGCAUUUCGCCUGGAUCACAGACUCACGGACGUGUUUGACGUCAACGGCGGAACUGAACAAGGCGAAAGCCUUGAUUGAGGAUUACAGGGCUGGAAAGGAGCCAAAGGGCACCACGCGGGAAGAGGUGAUCUACGCCAGGAAGCUGUACGAGAGCGCCUUCCAUCCAGACUCUGGAGAGCUGCAGAAUGUCUUUGGGCGGAUGAGCUUCCAGGUUCCGGGGGGAAUGCUUCUCACUGGUGCCAUGCUUACGUUUUAUCGCACAACAUCAGCUGUUGUCUUCUGGCAGUGGGCCAACCAAUCGUUCAAUGCCCUGGUCAAUUACACCAAUCGCAACGCCAACUCGCCGAUGACGGUGAACCAGAUGCUGCUGGCCUACGUCACUGCUACCACGAGCGCCCUGGUCACUGCGAUCGGAUGCAAGAGCGUCUGGCAGAAGAGUGCCGGGCCCUUUAUUCAGCGCUACGUGCCCUUCGCCGCCGUGGCGGCCGCGAAUUGCGUGAACAUCCCGCUCAUGAGGCAGAACGAACUUCUGCGGGGCAUCGAAGUGAGCGAUGAGAAUGGAAAUGUCGUGGGCAGAAGUCGCGUGGCGGCGGUAAAAGGAAUUUCCCAGGUUGUCCUGUCGAGGAUCACAAUGGCUGCGCCGGGAAUGCUGAUCUUGCCAGUGAUCAUGGAGCAACUGGAGAAGAUGCCGUGGUUCAAGCGAAUGCAUAUUCUGCACGCGCCAUUCCAGACCAUCGCCGUGGGCUGCUUCUUGUCCUUCAUGGUGCCCACGGCGUGUGCCCUGUUUCCUCAGCAAUGUUCACUGAAAGUGAGCACAAUUGAGCGAUUUGAGGAUGAUUUGUAUCAAGACAUAAAAGCAAACACCAAAGGAAAGACACCGCAAAUUGUGUACUUCAACAAAGGACUGUAGAU